UGCCUGGCGGCGCCCAUGUCGCUGCUGAAGCCGCCCAAUCCCAUGGCCGCCCAUCCGCUGCAGCCGCCCCUGCCGCGUCACCCCUUCCUGGGCUGCGAGCCCCUGGCGGAGGCGGAGGCGGAUAUGGACUCCGAUUCGGAGCAGGAGCGCCCCCAUCUGGACGACGAGGAUGCCGCCAUCGAUGUGGAGGCGGAUGAGGAGCAGGAAUCCCAGGGUUCGCCAGGAAUCCCAUCGAAGGGCAGCCUUUGCCUGGACAGCAAGGAGCAUCUCGGCCAGCACAAGGAGGCAGCUGCUCCUGCCGCGGACAAGUCCGCCAACCAAAAGGCCUACUGAGCCCACAUCCAACCAAGUGGCUGCACGGGGCGGGAAAGCCUUCUAAGGGAAAAAUAUUUAAAAGUUCUAGAGAUUGUAUAUCUUUAAAAAUAUUCAAAAAGGAAUCUUUAAUACUUGAGAAUUAUAAGAAAGAUAUUUCAACUGUUCCAAAGUUCCAUUUCAAGAACUCCAGAUGGUUUAUUUCCACCCCGUGCAAGACCGCAUCAAUUGGUUUCAAAGUUUUUAUGAUAGUUUGUUCCUAAAAAUCCCCUGUAAAUACCGAACAACUCAAGCUCCUUGUAAAUUUAAAUGUCUAUUGCUCAAUAAGUUUAGGCUUUAAAAGAAUCCCCACACCAUGUACAUAUAUACCGAUCACAAGUGGAUAGUGUGGGGCGCUUGAUUUCUAGUAUCGUUUUUGUUUUUGGCUUUUGAAUCUUUAAAUUGCUGGUCAAGUUUAGGUUAAGUUCGAUAUGCUAAGCCGGGAUCCCUUUGGGCCAGGGCAAUCAAUGUUAGUAUAGUGCUAUUCGUAAGAUGUGUGUCAAGCAAUUACCAAAUAAUUAGUUAAAUUAUUUAUACUUUUAAUCGAAUGUUAACAUAAUCCAAACUUCAACCGAAACCAAACCAAACUCAUAAGCGUACACACACAUUCACAGACAUGAA